AUGAACUUUCAGCCGUGUUUCUACCCCAAUUCUCUGGCCAUUCGUCAUGAGAUUCACCGCUUUGAGAGUGUUCACCCAUCGAUCUACGCCAUCUACGACCUUCUGGAAUUGAUCGGCGGAACCGAUGGCGCCAUGAUUGCCCAGCGUAUGCGCGAACACGUCGUCUGCAUCGAAGAUUCAUUUGUGAACAGUCAAGAAUGGACACUAAGUCGCGCCGUUCCAGAUCUGCGCCUCGGCGUCGUUGGCUCGAUCACCUCGGGAAAGUCAGCCCUCGUUCAUCGAUACCUGACUGGCUCCUAUCUGCACGACGAAUCGCCCGAAGGUGGACGAUUUAAGAAGGAAGUCAUCGUUAACGACCAGAGCUACUUGCUCCUUAUCCGAGACGAAGGCGGCGCUCCUGAAAUGCAGCUCAGCGGUUGGGUGGACGCCGUUCUGUUUGUCUUCAGUCUGGAGGACGAAUCGUCGUUCAAUGCAGUCAGCACGUACUACCACAGAAUGAUUCACCUCCGAUCCAACAACGACAACAUUCCCGUCUUUCUCGUCGGCACUCAAGAAGGCAUCAGCGAAGUUACUCCUCGUGUAAUUAGCGAAAGUCGAGCACGAAAACUAUGCAGUGAAAUGAAGCGCUGUACGUACUACGAAACCUGCGCCACCAACGGCCUUCACGUUGAUGAUGUCUUUGAUGAUGCUUGCAAGCAAAUCGUCAUGAUGCGUAAUUUAGAGAACACGCCCAGCGGCAAUGGCAAUUCCUCUCGCCCCAGUACGCCGAAUCACACCGGCGUCUACCGAAGCAUGUCGAACAAUGCAUCGACGACGCCUGCCCCCUCCACGCCAACCACUCCACUGGGCAACAUUACCAACAGCAGUAAGUUCCGCACCUUCAAGAACUCGCCCAUCAACACCGUCAGCAGCACCUGUGGACCUUUCAGCACUCCGGAGCACCAAUCAACGGUGCCGACUGCAGCGGGGAUGAGUGGAAUGAGCAAUGAGGUGGAACUGAGGCCAAAGGUAGAGCAGAAGCAGACCAACAGCAGCAACAGCUCGCCGAUUCGCAAUUCCCUGCCGCUAGUGACUAGCUCUUCCUCAACUACCAUCACCAGCUUUGUCAACAAUAAUAACAACAACAGCACAACCACCAACAACAACACCAUUAUCAAACCGGCGAUUGCAGCCAAGCCCAGGCUACACACGCCCAUCACUGCCGUCACUUCGAAUGUCUUUCACACGCCAGUCAAAGCCAACUCGCCCGCCCCAGUGGCGCCCAAGCGAAGUGAAUCGAUAAAGCUGAGCACUGAAAAUAAUCAGUUUAAGGUGCCCUUUCAGAGUUUGGUGGAACAGCCAAGCAAGGAGUUGCCUAAGGAGCAAACAACGCCGCUGCAAACGCCAAACACCUCUCGAAAGAACCGCAGAAAGUCUAACCUAUUCUCCGGGACGCCACUGUCGGGGAAGAGUAAAAACGCCGAUGAUAAGUACAAGAACGGAGAAGUGGGAGUGGGUCGAGCCAUUCCGAUUAAGCAGGGCUACCUGUACAAGAAAAGUAAGAAGACCCUGAACAAGGACUGGAAAAAGAAGUAUGUGACGCUGAUUGACGGCUGCAUUACCUACCACCGCACACUGCACGAGUACAUGAACAAUGUGAAUGGCAAAAAUAUCCCUCUGAAGCACACGACGGUGAAGAUUCCCGGACAGAAGCCACGAUGCGGUCGUGCUAUGGUGGCCGCCGCAGCCGCACGCUCGCCCGGUCACCUUGAGCAGACUGUGGACGGCGCCAAGAUGGUGCCCAGCACCAACCCAAAGUACGACCUGAGUGUGAAGAAGCGCAGUCGAAAGGGGAAGAGCCUGGGCGCGGGAAAGAAUGGCGACAAUGGCGACGACUCUGACGGCAACGAGUUUGUCAUUGUCUCGCUGGACAAUAAGCAGUGGCACUUUAACGCCACCAAUGGUGACGAGCGUGAGGAGUGGGUGUGCGCCAUUGAGCAGCAGAUUCUCUCUAGUCUACAGAACUCGCAGUGCGACAAGACCAAGCUGCACAAUGUGAACAGCGUCGACGAGUCGACCAUUCACUCCAUUCGCACGGUGCCCGGCAAUCGCUACUGCGUCGACUGUAAUGCGCCCAAUCCUGACUGGGCUUCACUCAACCUGGGAACGCUCAUUUGCAUAGAGUGCUCGGGAAUACAUCGAAACCUCGGAACGCACAUCUCCAAAGUUCGCUCACUUUCACUUGAUGUUUGGCCAUCUAGUCACGCUAGCGUUAUGCUCGGUCUGGGCAACACUGCUGCCAAUCGGAUUUGGGAGUACCAGCUGAGUGGAGGCGUGAAGCCAUCAGCAACGACGAGCAAUGCUGAGAAGGAGAGGUACAUUCGUGCCAAGUACGAGACAAAGCAGUUUCUCGCACCGCUAAAGGACUCUCGACCGAUUGACCAGCAAAUUAUUGACUGUGUUCAGGAGAUGGAUCUGCAGAAGUUGGCACUUGUUCUCGCCCACAUGUCACUGAAGAAGAUUAGUCUCGCCAGUGUCAGAUCUCGUGAGGACAAGUCUCCGCUCCACUUGGCGGCCAGCAGAGGCUGCCUGGAGAUAACACAACUCUUGCUUUGGAACAAUGUCGAUGAGAAAGCCGUCGAUGCCAAAGGAAAGUCGGCGCUGUUUUACGCUCGCACCUCUGGCCACAAGGAAAUUGAGGAGUUGCUCAUUCAAAGUGGAUGCGUGCCCUCUCACAGUGAUGCUGUUGGUAGUAGUGGCAAGGGGUCACAGCCCACCUCUCCCACCUCAAGCACUGCUCUGGGCAGUGCUCUAAAGCCCCGCGAAGCCAUACCGACGCCGCUGAAUGUACGCCAGAUUGAGCUGUUUCACAAGCUGCCGGCCAGUAUUAUCUGA